AUGAGCGACACACCCGUCGGACCCCUUCUCAAGACUGUAUUCCAGUCUAUACUCGAGGUUGUCAUUGUCUGUGUUGCUGGAUAUGUACUCGCGAGACGAGGCGUGCUUGAUAAGAAAACUCAGAAGCAACUUAAUCGGCUGAACAUCUCCCUAUUCACACCCUCCCUACUCUUCUCCAAAGUCGCCUUCUUCUUGUCACCAGCAAAACUCCGUGAGCUAUGGAUCAUCCCAAUAUUCUUCGUGAUUACUACCGGUGUCUCAAUGAUUGUCGCGUUGGUGCUGGGAUGGAUGCUUGGACUUAAGAAAACUCAGAGGAACUUUGCUGUCGCCGCCGCAAUGUUCAUGAACUCCAACUCGUUACCGAUUGCGCUCAUGCAGAGUAUGGUAAUUACUGUCCCUGGACUCAAAUGGGGCCCCGAUGACAACUUUGAUGCCAUGGUUGGGAGGGCGCUCACCUAUCUCGUCCUCUACUCCACUCUUGGCAUGAUCGUUCGAUGGAGCUAUGGUGUCCGCCUGCUAUCAAGCGCUGAUCCAGAGGGUCCUGCCGUGGCGGAGGCCCCUGCCCCCACCUCCCUUAUCGGCGUGGAGGAGUCCGUAUUUCGAACUUCGCAGGAAGAUGGCUUACGACAUGAAUCACCCACGCCCUCUGAGGAAUCCGAUGACGCGAAGACACUAGAGCACGGCCACGAUUUCGAUCGCUUUGCUGAUCCCAAAACCGCGUCAUCGCCCGCAUCGCCUGCGCUCACGCACUUGCAGCGCCCACUCGCGUCGACGUCGAGUGCACCGUCGAUGUACCACGAGGACGAGGACGACGCUCCUGACUCGCCCCUUCUCCCUCGCCCUCCGAUCCUCGAGCCUACCUCGACGCUCUGGCAGUCGCGAGUGCGGCGCACGCGGCAUCGACUCCGACGGGGGUGGCACGCGCUCAACGGAUUCAUGACAGUUCCACUUUGGGCGUCGCUCGCGUCGCUCGUCGUCGCAUGCAUCCGGCCGUUGCAGCAUGCACUGGAGGCACACUUGCAACCCGUCAAGGGCGCUCUGACUGCUGCAGGAAACUGCUCGAUCCCGGUCACGCUCGUUGUCCUCGGUGCGUACUUCUACACUCCGCCGGAGUCCCAGGAGAUGGAGGGGCGAGAGCGGGAGCGGGAGCGCCGGGCCCUGCCGUCGUACUGGACGCGGUCGCGGAGCCCGAGCAGAGCAUCGCGUGUGUCGCUGAUGGAGAACGUGCGGGAUAUGUUCAGGCUGCGAAGGCGAGACGAUAAAGCGCGCGCGCAGAAGAAGCCCGAGGCCCGCCCAGGAGAGACGAAGACGGUGCUAGUAGCGGUCCUCUCUCGGAUGUUUAUCACACCAUUGCUGCUGCUGCCCCUGAUGGCGCUGUCAGCUAAGUUUGACCUGCAGGAGGUCUUUGAUGACCCUGUCUUUGUCGUAGCGAAUGUGCUCCUGAUCGCGUCGCCCCCUGCGGUGACGCUCGCGCAGAUCACACAGGCUGCGUCCGGCGACUCAUUUGAGCGACUCAUCAGCCGGACCAUCUUCUGGUCAUAUUGCGUCGUCACUCCACCAUCCACGAUUAUUGUCGUCGUUGUCGGUUUGCUUCUGUCCAAGCUUUGA